UGAAGAUGGCGGCCGAGCUGCAUCCGCGGAGCGGAAAGCUGAUCGGCCUGUCCAACUCCAACCGAACUGCCCGGCGGAACCAGCCUGUCCAGGAAUUUAACCAUGGCUUGGUGCUUAGCAAAGAGCCUCUGCGGGACCGGGAUGUUUUUACAGUCCGCAUUGACAAGAAGGUAAACUCUUGGAGCGGUUCUAUUGAGAUUGGUGUGACAGCACUGGACCCGGCUGCCCUGGACUUCCCCAGCAGUGCCACAGGCCUCAAGGGUGGCUCUUGGAUUGUGUCUGGCUGCUCGGUGCUACGUGAUGGCCGCUCAGUGCUGGAGGAGUACGGCCGGGACCUUGACCAGCUUGCAGAAGGGGAUCGAGUGGGCAUUCAGCGCAACUCCCUGGGGGAGCUCCACCUUUGGGUGAAUGGGCAGGACUGUGGAGCUGCAGCGAGUGGCUUGCCGCCUAAACUCUGGGCAGUGGUGGACCUGUAUGGCAAGUGCACUCAAGUGACUGUGGUGAGCUGUGAGCCGCCGCCUGCCUGCAUUGAGAAAGAAACAACUGAACGGGAUCAGGAACAGGAUGAGGAGGACGAGGUAGUGGUGUGUGGGGUUCGAGAAGAUGCGGGAAUAACAGCCCUGAUGAAUGUGGCAACAAUGAAUGGAGUGUCGGGAAAUGAAGUGCCUGAGCUUAACUGCUGUCACAACAGGCCAGAGAAGUUCCCCAACAAUCUGGAGCCUGACACAGUUCUAACAGAGCACCAGCUCUUCGAUGUAUUCAAUAAUGCAAUAGUAUCGUUUUACCGAGCUGAAGAUGAAGGUGGCGGGGAAGAUGGCGGAGUUGGUUCUGGAUCAGGUGGUGGGAGCAAUGGUGGAGGAGGUAGUGACUCUUCCAGAACUGACAGGGGCAGCUGUAGCAGUGGAGGAGGUACUGUUAAUAGUGACUCUGGCACCCCAGGGGGUGGUGGUGGAGGAUCUGGUGGCAGAGAAGCUGGUAAUGCCAACAACAGUCCUGCUGGUAAUGGAGGGGUGGGCUCUGGGAUUUCCUCAAGUGCAAUGAUGACCACUAAUGAUGCACUACUAUUCCACGAAAAAUGUGGCACACUGAUCAAACUGAGCAACAACAAUAAGACGGCAGAACGACGGAGACCACUGGAUGAGUUCAACAACGGUGUUGUCAUGACCAACCGGCCGCUCCGACACAAUGAGAUGUUUGAGAUUCGCAUAGAUAAGCUUGUGGACAAGUGGUCAGGAUCGAUAGAGAUUGGCGUAACGACACACAUCCCCAACAACCUGGACUAUCCUGCUACAAUGACCAAUCUGCGCUCAGGUACAAUCAUGAUGAGUGGCUGUGGGAUACUGACGAAUGGGAAGGGAACCAGAAGGGAAUACUGUGAAUUUAGCCUGGAUGAACUUCAGGAAGGGGAUCAUAUAGGUUUAAUGCGCAAAGCAAGUGGUGCACUUCAUUUCUACAUCAAUGGAAUCGAUCAAGGUGUAGCAGCAACACAGACCCCAUCUGUGGUUUAUGGUGUGGUCGAUCUCUAUGGCAUGGCUGUCAAAGUCACCAUUGUCCACAAUCACAACCACAGCGAUCGCCUCCGACGCAAUAACGCCAUCAUGAGAGCUCUGUCACCAGAUGUCGGCCGGCCCCGACCAGCCCUCUCCCUCACUCCAGACUCUGAUGGUCCUGACCGACUGCUCUUCCACCCCAACUGUGGGCAGAAGGCUGCCAUCAUCAGUGACGGCAGGACAGCUUUGCGACCACAUGCUACCGAUGAUUUCAAUCAUGGUGUGGUACUGAGCAGUAGGCCACUGCGCUCCAAUGAGGUGUUCCAAGUUCGCAUUGACAAGAUGGUCGACAAAUGGGCCGGUUCCAUUGAGAUCGGAGUCACAACACACAACCCAGCCUACCUGCAGCUACCCUCUACCAUGACCAACCUUCGCUCUGGGACAUGGAUGAUGACGGGCAAUGGUGUCAUGCAUAAUGGAACAACUAUCCUGGAUGAAUACGGUCACAAUCUGGAUCGGCUAAAGGCCGGCGAUACAGUUGGUGUGGUGAGGAAAGAAGAUGGCAGCCUCCACUUCUUUGUUAACGGUGUGGCUCAGGGCCCAGCAGCCUGGAAUGUUCCCCCAAAUGUUUAUGCAGUGGUUGAUCUCUAUGGUCAGGCUGCCCAGGCCACCAUCAUGGAUGACAUGGUGGACCUCCCACCUCUCCCAGAAGACAGCUCAGAUGGCCCCAAUGCCAUGUCCCCUGGGAGUCCCUGUUCUGUCGGUGGUGCCAUCACAUCAACUGACCUGCGUUUUCACCAAUUGCAUGGCACCAAUGCUGUUAUCACCAACGGGGGGCGCACCGCUCUGCGUCAAAACUGUCGGAGCGAGUUCAACGAUGCUAUUGUCAUCUCCAACAGGUGCCUUCGAGAUGGAGAGCUAUUUGAAAUUAUUAUUCAGAAGAUGGUGGACCGCUGGUCGGGUUCAAUCGAAGCAGGAGUGACAGCCAUCAGGCCUGAGGAGCUGGAGUUUCCUAACACAAUGACUGACAUUGACUAUGACACUUGGAUGCUUAGUGGGACAGCAAUCAUGCAAGAUGGCAACACAAUGCGCAACAACUAUGGCUGUGACCUGGACUCCCUCACCACAGGCUCACGGAUUGGCAUGAUGCGAUCGGCAAGUGGUGACCUGCAUUAUUACAUCAACGGUGUGGAUCAAGGUGUGGCCUGCUCUGGUCUGCCUCCAGAGGUGUUUGCAGUAAUUGACCUCUAUGGUCAGUGUGUUCAGGUGUCAAUCACCAGCUCCUCCGGACCCCUGGACAACAGCCUCUGCACCAGCAACAUCACUGAGAAGAGCUUCCCCAUCCACUCACCAGUUGCAGGUGUGGCUCAUCGGCUCCAUGGUAAGCAUGGUAAGAACGUGGUGCUGUUGGGUGAGGGGUGCCAAGCAGUGCGAGUCGGCGGUUACGCUCACGGAAUAGUGUUCAGUGCCAAGGAGCUCAAAGUGGACGAGCUCUUUGAAGUUAGGAUUGAUGAAGUGGACGAGCAGUGGUGUGGGUCACUGCACAUAGGCCUAACCACACUCGCUCCCACUGAGCUGCCAGCCUGCCCUCUUUCCGGCCUCUCCCCUUCGCUCACGCAGAUCCGCACCAAGGUCACGUGGCUGCUGUGUGGCUCUGAGGUCAGACGGAAUGGCGUGUUACAGCGCCAGAACUAUGGCUGUUCACUGGACCGGCUGACGGUGGGAAAUCGUGUAGGGGUCAAGAGGUGCAGUGAUGACACCAUGCACAUUUUUAUUGAUGGUGAGGACAUGGGAGCUGCGUCUACUGCUGUUGCCAAGAAUGUUUUUGCUGUCCUGGACCUGUAUGGGAGGAUCACUGCUGUCUCCAUUGUCAGUUCAUCGCUCACCGAGGAUGUGGAGAGCGUCAAGGCUCCCUCUUUGUCCUCAGAGAGCUGCAGUGAAGGCGAGGAGGACAAUACACCAGUCAAAGAGGUGGAAAGUGAACCUUGUACUUUAGUGCCCAUCGCCAUGGCGUUCCUGGAAAAUCAUGGCAAGAACAUCCAGCUGUCCAACCAAAACCUGACUGCGUCCCGUGUGUGCAGCUAUAACCAGGGUCUGCUGGUCACCGCGCAGCCACUUGCACAGCAGCAACUGUUCCAGUUCCAGAUUGACCGUCUGAAUCCAUCCUGGACGUCCUCGCUGUCCUUAGGCGUGAUCGGUCACUCUCCAGACCGCCUCAACUUCCCGUCCACUGCCUGUUGCCUCAAACGUUCGGCCUGGCUGCUGCAGAGAGACUCCAUUUUCCACAACUCGCUGAAGAUAUGUGAGAACUAUGGGCCUAACCUGGAUACGUGCCCAGAAGGGACCGUGCUGGGUAUGCUAGUGGACGCCAACAGCUGUCUUCACCUCUACGUGAACGGCAUGGACCAGGGCGUGGCGGCACAGGACAUCCCCUCACCCUGCUACCCGUUUAUUGACCUGUAUGGACAGUGUGAGCAGGUGACCAUAGUAACCAACAACGUGCCAACGGUUGGGGCAGAGAACGGCAUGGCUCACUGUCAGGGCGACAUGGAGAAGGCCGACAUGGUGGAUGGAAUUAAGGAGUGUGUGUGCUGGACACCCCCGCCUGAGGUCAACCCCAACAAGUCCUGUGAAUACCAGGCUCUCUGCUCACGCUUCAAGGAGCUGCUGACGUUGCCAGACGGCUACUUCAGUGAAGACGCCAAGUACAACCUGUGCUACUGUGAGUCCUGCCACAAGCUGCGGGGGGAUGAGACGUACUACAAGAGGGGCGAGCCGCCCCGGGACUACGCUCUGCCCUUCGGAUGGUGCCGCUUCGCUCUCAGGAUGAAGUCUCACUGUGACGUGUCCAACGCACUCAAGAAGUGGCACAUCGCCUACCACGGCACCAGUGUCGGAGUUCUGCGGCGCACCCUGGACCACAGCCAGCUGCUGCCAGGAGCCUCGUCCAUCUUCUCAGUAUCUCCUGUGAAGACCGAGGGCCCGCAUGACUAUAGUGAGCCAGAGGAGAACAGUGCCCCCGGGAGGGAGGUUCCCAGAGUCCGUCUGUCCCCCACCAUGCGCUACUCUGGCCUGGAGGUCUUUGCUCCCAAAGUGCAAUUCCGCGACCCUCGCUCACAUCGCUGUCACCAGGCCCAGGUGGGCUUCCAAGUGUGCGUGCGGCCGGGCUCCUACAAGGUGGGCCCGCAGACUCUUGGCCCCAGCGAGGCCCUGGACCCUCGUUUCAGCAAUUCUGAGAUCGAGUGGAUCACGAAGGAGCAGGGCGGGACCUUACUUUACGGACUGCUAAUUCGGGUGGAGUGAGGAGAGACUGGAAAGGGUCCGGCCGUCUCUCCGUGUCAUAUUUUGGCUAAAGACUGAACCAAAUCAGACCCCUGCCUUGAGCAAUAGACUCCUCUGAGCUCCAGCUGUUGUUGAUUGUGGACAGUUCCGUGUCGGGUUUAUAUCCAUGUGGUUGUUUGCUCUCGGACUGAGUGGCGCGAGCUCACAGAAGAACAGACACUGCCUGCACUUUAUGUUUCACUCACGUGUGGGCGAUUUUUAAUGGCAAACUACCAGUGUCACACAUUUGAAUCACCGCGUUUCUUUUCUUUUUUCCCCUCCUCUAAAGUCAUCUCCCACUGCAGACUUCUUUUUCUUUCCUCUUGGCACUUAUUUGAACACGUGUCCUGCUCCAGUUAGAGUUGACCUCAGGCUGCUCCUUAAUGUGACGACUUUCAACCUCGGAGAAGAUGAACAAAUCCUGGAGCAGCGGCUCCUGAUUGCGAGCAUUUGAAAACUGGUGAGAGAUUUGUUUACGGUUUAUUUGAAUGUUUGUCUGCUCAUGUCUUCAUCUGCAGCUGCACUUCUGCGGUCAUGGUCUGGUGUCGCCUGUGACUCAGAGUUGGAUGAUGAUGAUGACGACCAUAGACACAUUGGAGACUGACUGACAGACUGUAGCGAUUAAACUAGCAACAAUGGCAGCAGCUUGAAAUGUUUGGGCCCUCGGGUCGCCAAUCUGAAGGUGUGAACCAAAGACUGACUCAGAGCAGUUGAAAAACAAAAGUGGUGUUUGGUUUCAUUCAAUUCCUCACGUACAACUUGACCAACUUGUGUAUCGUGGCAUUCAGGUUGGUUUGGGGCUAAACAAACGGGAGACUUCAGUUACCGCAAAAGCACAGUUCCAUUUCCAGUUUAAAAGUCCUGGACUGUUAAGUACUGUCACAGUUGUCACACAUCUUCAUCCAAAACGUUUACUGGUGAAUGCCAUCCAUCAUGGUUGUGACACCCCCACAUCCGUUUUACGUUUGUUUGGAUGUACGUAUUCAACUCCACAUGUUCUGUUCUGUUACUCCAGUGUUCUCUACGUUCAGAGAUGCUCCAUGCAACUCAUGGAAGGUCGGCAAUCCUAGAAAGAACUUCCAGUCCAAAAAUAAUGUGAAGAUGAUCCUAAAGGGUUUUUUUUUUGCCCACCGCUGCUUUGUACAAGUUCAUUUGUAUUAUGUUUUUAGUUUUCUGUAUGUUGCAUUGUACAGGCUGUUACAUAACAAACCAUAACUUCCUGAUUCAUAAAGAAAAGAAUAAACGGACCGUAUGCACAGAGACCCCUCACACUGUUUUCUCUGCUCCCGAGUACAAGAGGGAAGAUGUGUAUAUCUAUAUUUGUAUAUGUAUAUAUAUCUCUAUCUAUAUAUAUAUCUACUGAUCGAUAUAUGUAUAUAUAUAUGUGUGUGUGUAUAUAUAUGUAUAUGUAUGUAUGUACACACACAUAUGUAUAUAUGCCUUCAAUAUACCUUCAAAGGACGCAAAUAGAAAAACCACACACCUUCUUGAACAUGGUUCUGUCACAUUUUAUUUAUAGUAAGAAAAAACGUGUUCAACAUGUCACUCGCACAGUCACGCGUCUCCAAAAUGCUGAAGCUUUUAAGUCAUUAAGGCCAAUAGAAGGUUCGCUCAGAGUUUUAUUAGACAAAUAGUUGAGCAGCUUCAUCCCACCACGGACAGUGUCCCUCUCCCUCACACACGUUUGUAUCCCUAUCUUUGUGAGGACCUCUCAUUGCCUUAACCCUUCCCCUAGCCUCUCGCCCUGGACCCAACCAUCCAAAACAAACGGCUCACCUGCACCAGGACCCUGAACCAAACUUAACCAUCAUUAUACUGACCCACUUAUUUUGAAGAUUGCAUCCUCAAAUUGAGACUAACCCUCGUGGGAUCUAGCAAAGGGCCCCACAAAAGAAAAAUGUCCUCACAAGAAGGUGUUUCCAAGAAUUGGUCCCCGCAAGUAUAGCUAUACAAGAAUCACACACACACACACACACACACACACCAGUUUCUGGGCAAAAAGAAAAGAUCAGGAUCACAAUCCCAACAACAUGAUGAUGUCAUGGUGGGAGUUCCUACUGACAGACACGAUCUACAUCCUUUGGGUUGCAUAGUCACUUUUUUGUCAUCAGCUGUGAAUCAAACCGGUUCUGCCCCAGUGAGGACGUUGAAACCUGAAACCCUGAGUGAUUUUUCUUCACCUAAUAAAUGCUGGCUGAUGUGCCGUUUUCUUCUCAAUUCUUCAA